GGUCUGUGGCAGAGGCAGGGUUCCUGGGGGUCUUGGUAAGGAUGAGGGUCCCCGGGGGGGCUACGAGGGUUGGCACAACCCAAGGCAUGGCAAGAGGGUCCUGAGGCUGCUCAGCUUGGGGGUCCGGGGGCUCAGCAGAGCCCUCCGUGGCUGGGGGUGCCCAGGGUCCUGGCAGGCUGAGGGUCCUCGCCAGUUACACCCCCAUUUGCUCCCCACUUUGCUUCAGUCAGGGGACAGAAGCAGCAGGAAGGGUGGAAAGCCCUGGGUCACCCCGCAGCCUUGCACCACUUCCAGCUCAGAGCCCUUCCCCUUGCACAACACCCAGCACCAGCCACAGCAGCAGCUCCAGACACCAGCCAAAGGGUCCCAUCCUGCGUGUCCCCAGCCCACUCAGAGGGAUCCAAGCAGGGGACACCCCCGGGUGAGCCCCAGAACGUCCCUUCCCGCGUCAGCCCCCAGAUCCCACCCGUCCUCACGGCUCCCACUGCGGGAAUCCCGAACAAGGCCACACUGUCCCCGCUCACUCGGGCUCUGUCCCGCUGGCUGAUAAUACCCCGAGUGUUCCAGCCCUUGGUGCAGCUGAAGAGCCCUUUUUUUUGGCUCCUCGUGCUGCCAGAGGACAUUGUCCCCCGCUGCAGCUUCCCCUGGUGAUGUGUCUGCUGGGUCUGGGUCCAAAGCUGCUGCAGAGAAGAGAUUUGAGUCCCCAUGGUGCAGAGAGACCCCACAUCACCAUCUGCCCCAGUGGGGUCUGGAGCCUGGUCCCAGGCCUUUCACCCCAAGGAGAAGGGAUCAGAUGGGUCACAUCCAGCUCCCUAAGGAGUUGCCCAGCCAAGCUGCACCUCACAGCCCCGAGGAUCCCCCAAAACACAGCAACUCAACCCCUGCAGGGAUCAGAAUCCUCUGCCAGGCCCCUGGUUGGCAUUUUCCCUGCGAGGCUGAGCUGAGAGCGGGUCUGUUUGGGAGUGGAGGAUAUGGGAUCGUCUUGGCUCAUGGAGAGGAGAAGGAGGAGGAGGAGGAGGAGGCAGAAAUAGCCCAGCUGAAAGCUGAGUGCUGGCAAAAGGGUUUGGCACCAGCAGAAGUGAGCCACACACACAGGGCAUGGGGAGGAACAGGGAGAAAAACCCCCCAAAGCCCCAAAGGAAUGUUGAUCCUGAGCAAAGCCCAGGGCAGAGGGGAGCGAGGGCAGCUCUCAGCCCCUCAGGUGUGUGGAUUUGGCCUGUGCCCCCCAAAAAGGGUGUCUGGGGCUCAGCGGGGGCUGGGACAUUCACAGGUUGGAGGGGGUUGCUUUGGGGUUUUCUUUGCUGCGUGGGCACAGGGGCUGUGGUCGUGCCCGUGCUGGGGACAGGGGGCAGUGGGGCUCCAGCCCUUCCCCUGCUCUGGGUGUCUCUCUCCUAUUCCCAGCCCCAUCUCUGGCUUCAGGCACAAAGCAGAGACAUUUCUGCCGUGCAGCAGCAGGACCAAACACCUCCAGACCUGGCAAUGCCUCAAAAAAACCCCCACCCCAACCCCCUCCUCUGGGUGUUUUUGCACCAACCCCCCUGUGCUGGACCUGCCAAGUGCCCCCCCCGCAGCCCCACACUUUGGGGGUACCGCAGCACCCCCCGUUUCCUAACACACAGGUAAAACCUUCACCAGCUGCUCGGGGGCUGAAAACCAUCUGUUAUCACCCCCUCAAACACCGAUCCGGGGAGCGAAUCGAGGAUGACUGCGGGAAAUCUCGCACCCUCUGUCAGUUCCACGCGUGCGGGCGCUGGGUCCCCUCCCGCGCAUCCCCCUCCCCCGGCGCGGCUGGGAGCCGCUGAUUCAUCUGCCCGCCGUCUCCCCCCUCCCUCCCUCCCUCCUUCCACUCCCUCCCUUCCCCGCUACGACGAAGAGGAAUUGAUCGAGCGGUUUCGAGGGGCUGCAUUGCAGACCCGGACGCCAGAGCAGACAAAAGCAACGCCCGCGGCUUCGCAGCACAAAGAGCCCGAGCGGCACCGAGCCCGUCCCUCCAUCCGCCCGCAGCAGGCGGUCCCCAGUCGCCGGGCGGGGAGCGAGGGAGGGCGUGAGUCAAGCCCGAAAAUGCUGGACACCAUCAGCAGCCAGUACGACUCCUUCAUCUACUGGAGGAUGCCGAUCCCACGGCUGGACCUGGCUGAGCUGGAGGGUCUGGGGCUCAGCGACGUGGCCCUGUACAAGCCCAAAGGAGGGCUGGGCAAGCUCAGCGGUGAGCGGGGCCAGCUCAGCCAGGACAUGUCGGCAGAAGAGGACAGUCUGCUGCAAUUCAACACCUUUAACUUCUGGAGAGCUCCCAUCGCCAGCAUCAGCUCGUUAGAUUUCGACCUCAUUUGAAGCCUUCCCCUCUGCCCCUCCUCACCCCCCGCCCCUUGCCCUUUCUGUCUCCGCUAGGCAUGCGAGGAUUCGGUUUAGUUGUCAGUUUGGAGGUUGUUUUCUUGUGUUUCUGGGCAGUUUUUUGCCGUCGCUCAUUAACUCAGCCGUUCUCUCCAGCCCCGAUGGUGACGGGGCAAAGCUUCGACCUCUCUCCACCUUCCCCUCUUGCUGGAAACACCCCGGCGGUGCCAGCGAGGGUUAACACGGGGGGGUAAAUACGAGGGGAAGGGGCAGAAACAGCCACCCCAUUGCCCUGCACGUAACCGUGGGCCUCCCUGUGCUCUGGGACAAGAGUUUGAGCUCGUUUUUUUUCAUGUGCUUUUUAAAGAAACUCAUUAGUGCAAAGGGAGCAGCGCAGGACCGAUGGGAACUGUCUUUGUUUUGGCAGAGAGCAUCGUCCCUGCUCCUCUCACAGGCACCUUCUGUGCUCCCCCGGCUCAGUUUCUCCUGAAGCCACUUCACUCCCUGCCCUUCCCCUCGGGAAUGAAAGGUAGGAGAGGCAGGGACGUGCCUGGGACACGAGCACAAACCUCUCCCUUGAAAGAAAUCAUCUCUUUGAGCCCUGUGGCUUGAGCUCAAGAGGGAGAAAUGGUGGCCAGGAGGGUGAACACACAGGGAAAUGCUCUGUCCUUGUUUGGUGGGGUCAAGGCUGGAUGUUCACUGCCCCAAAUUUGGCUAUUUUUCUCGCUUGUUCUUUCCCUCCCCCAGGUGCUUUAUCCCAGAUGUGAGUCCUGACUGGGACAGAAGCCGAGUGGUCCAUGAUAGCUCACGGGGGGGCUGAGCUGAAAGAUAACAUGGAGAAUUUAGCCUCAUCUUACCCAGACAUGAAAACAUUUCUGGUUCCCCACCCAAUUAUCCAACCCCUUUAAAAAAUCACAAUGAAAAGAAAAAAGCUGCAUUCACUCAAAUGGAAGCUUUGCAUUUUCCAGGGGAACGUUUGCAGCCGUGCCCUCUGCAACCUGAGGUUUAGUUCUGAGCAUCAACUCAAAAUGAGAGGAGAAAAACUCUCCAACUCUGAAUCACUUGUGGCUUUCUAACUCCUUUUUUUCCCCCCAAGACUGGGACAGUGAACGUAACUGGUUUGUCUUGUGAAUGUGGUUUAUUUGGGUUUAAGUGGGGUGAAGUUGUGAUGUGGAGCAUCUCGAAAGUGUCCUAGGAUUCAGAAAGGGGUAUGUGGCCAGUGGGAAGCUGAGGCAGCUUAAAAGGCACCCCAAAAAGAGAUAAAUAUUGGCAAAAUUGGCCCUGUUUUAUGAAAACGAAAGGUAGCUCUGCUGUGACCUCCAGAAAUGACCCAGCCUGCUGAGUAUGAAGCACCUAUGUUAAACUGGAGGUGAAAGAUCUCACCUCUCCCAGGCAGAGCUGUUUGGUUGCUGUGUUCCCAGCUGACGGGGGUACAAACCAGAACCCCACAGAAGUAUUUAUUAUGAAACUUUAAAUAAAAGUGAUUCA